CAGCCCGUGACUGAGGAAGGAUGAACAGCUCGCUGCGAGAUAGAAACACCUUCACCGUGAAGGCAGACGUCAUAUUUCACGCCGCCAGCCACGAUGCCUCGGAGCAAUCCAUCAUUACUGAAGGAAACGAUGACGUCAUUCCAAGGACAGGAAAAACUGUUGGUUCUGAGCAUCAGGCUCUGUGCCAGCAGACAUCCUGGGAUACAGUGGAAUCUGGGAGUCUAACGGAAACUGGCAGUUUGGGACAGCAGAGCACAGGGGCGGGAGACUACCUGCAAGAUGGUGGCUCCAGUGACAGUGGGUUUCAGGAUCACAUUCAGUCACUGGGUGGCUCUAAGGCAGAAGCAUUGGACCUUAGUGUUAAGCAGAGUGACACCUUCAGUAAGAACGGAGUAAAGGAAGAGGCGAAUGGGGCUAGAGCUGAAGUGCCCUGUAGUCUGGCUCCUUCGCAUGUCCCCGCUAUGUCACCGGACUCGAGGUCUUUGGAACAAGCACUGGGUCACUUGUUUACUUCAUCACAGGGAGCUGGUGCAACCCAAUAUAGGCCAACCUUUGGACAGUCUCCACUGGAACCAGCACAAGACGUAACACAUAGUGGAAACGGGCUCAGAAAUGCCCUCUCAGUCAGAGAGGAGCCCGAUUUAGUCAUUGAAGUGGGUGGACAGAAGAUCCAAGCACACAAGUCUGUGCUAGCUGAAAAAAGUGAUUAUUUCAAGGCCAGACUUUCUCGGGACAUUUUGAAGGUGAAAGGGAUGAGCUAUAAGACGCUAUCAGUUUUGAUAGAUUAUGUUUAUUCCUCCAAAAUGAAUGUAAACAAGGACAAUGUUGUGGAUGUCAUCACAGGGGCGAAAAUCUUGCAGAUCCCCUGUGCGGUCCAGGCCGCCAUUGACACCGUGUCCGUGCAGCUCACAACGGAGAACUGUUACGAAAUCCUUACCAUCUCCAAAAAGCAGCGGUUAAGCGGACUGAAGGAGACGGCGUACCGUUUCAUGAGCGACAAUUUCCUGCAGGUCCUGCGAGAUCCCGCGGUUUAUGGCCGUCUCACUGGCUCUGAGAGGGACCUUGUCCUUAGGAAUCGCAUGGAAGGACGCAGCUGCCUGAUGGUGGCAGAGAUCAAUGACGUUUUUGACCGCGUGGGCAGCAGGCCCCCGAGCAGGAAUAACAGCCGGCCCCAGAGCCCGCUGUCCACCGCUUCUUUUGAGGACAACCACAUGAUCUACUACUACAACGAGAGCACAAAGGACUGGCGCACUUUGACCAUCAUGCCUGAGGAUAUCAACACCAAGGGCUGUGGCAUCUGCUGCAUGUACAACUACCUGUUCGUGGCAGGUGGGAUUCGAGGGUACGGGGAGAAAGGGAAGGCUUCGGACAAGGUCUUCUGCUACAACCCCGUUACGGACCGUUGGAGUGAGAUACGGCCCAUGAACCAAGCGCGGUCCCAACUCAAACUGGUCUCCAUGGACGGACACCUCUAUGCCAUUGGUGGGGAAUGUCUCUUCACGGUGGAGAAGUACGACCCUCGCAUGGACCGUUGGACCACCGUCGCUCCUCUGCCCAAAGGAGCUUUUGCGGUUGCCCAUGAGGCAACCACUUGCAACGGAGAGCUGUAUGUCUCAGGAGGUUCUCUGUUCUACCGUCUCCUGAAAUACGACCCCAAGAGGGACGAGUGGCAGGAGUGUCCGUACAACAACAGCCGGAAGAAGUCUACAGAUAUGGUGGCGCUGAAAAGCUUCAUUUACAGGUUUGACGUCAACCGCGAGCAAGGCGUCAACGUGUUCAAAUACAACACCAUCGUCAAGAUGUGGCACGACUGCGCCUCCCACCAGCAAGGGAGCCCGCUGCCUUUUAGGUGUGCUGUUGUUGGCAACUGCAUCUACUGCGUCAACAAGACCCAGACUCUCCAGUUCAUUGUGGAGGAAGACGGUGCCCGAUUUGCAGAGGAACCACUGAAAGCUCCCAUGGAGGCCAAAGGAGUUCUGUUCCCUUUCGUUCUGAGCUUGCCAAACAGGGGUGACCGAAAUGUGUGAUAUUUUCUCAUUCAUGUGACUCACCAAGGAAAACAGCAGACAGGAAACUGUGAAGAAGCAUGAUGAAUGAUUACAACAAAAAGCUUUAUUUCUUGUGAAGUUGCCCAGUUAAACUGCUCAAAAUAGGAAUGUUUCUCUUUGCAUGGUGGAUGGACGCGUCCAUAGGAUCGCCUUAAACGGACAAGCCCUUCUGUUUCAGCAUUGUGGGAUAGCGACGUUACAUGUAUUCAAACUCAAUGCAUUUUUCCAUUUGUUUUGUGCACUUUUUUGUACUUGGAUGGGUGAACUGAAGUUUUUUGGCAGCAAAGAAUACCCAGUGUCAUAUGAUGGCCACCAAGAGCACAAUGAAAAAGCUAUAAUUGCCCCUUUGCUUAGCCACAGAUCCUAUGCAAGUAAAAUAUAAAGUAGACUAAACAUAAUUAAGCUUGUCAGAAUGCUACUAGAAAUAAUUUAAUGAUUAAUAAAUAUAGCACAAUAACUAAGGCAGAAAACUAAAGUAUUUAAAAAACCUGGACCUGUGAGCGAAAGCCUUUGAAACACUUGAAACAAAGCCAUUGAACAAGGCAACGUUAGGAGUUAGACUAACUAGAGCAAAACGUCUGUAGGCUGUUAAAGAGCACAAAGCACUUAACUGUUCUCCGACUUUGGCAGCAUGCAGUAAGAAUACAGACAUCACUCUCGGGGAAACUUAGAAUGUAUGUAGGUAUUUCAGAACUUUUGAAUUAGCUACUAACAAGGGCUGGAUAAACAGUGACCUGUUGAGCCAUCCAGUUUAAUCACAAAUUCAAUUGCAAAAACGUCUCAUCGUAUAGCAUAGCCUGCUGCACAAAUGCCCAUCGGGAUGAGAUGGUCAGGAGUAGGAGAAGGGCAGAUGAGGAGAAAAACAGGCACAACACGGAGGGAUUAAUUUCUUGUAGUGAACAAAUAAUAACAUAAUUGAAGCAUUGCCAAAGACAAGAAGGCUGAUUGUGUGGGUCUAGGCCGCUUUGAGGCAGAUCCGGGUGGGUGGUGGACAUUUCAAUCUGUCUGAAGCACUUUCUCAUAACUUUGCUGAGUUGAGAUUCCACUAUAAGGGCAAAAUCGUGACUCAUAUGAAGAUUGGCAGUUGUGAAAAGGAGUUGUUUCCCAACACUCCAGGCUUAGGCCGAAUUUACUAAAGUGUUGGUACCUGUUAAAUGGUUCUCAUGCAGUGAUGAACGAUUGGACUUUGGCAGUCUCCUUACCUAAUGACUGGCUUUUACUGGAUCUAGUAUUUGCAAUAUUACUGGAUUUGUACAACCUCAACUUGCAAUAAGAUGCUGGGGGUCGUUGGGAGAUGAAGAAUGGAGUGAGUGUGCGGCUGUCAUGCAAAUAAAUGAGCAAAGUAAUCUCAGUCCCAAUCUGCUGCUGCGUUCUGUAAACUGGAACCAAGUCUGCGUCGUAUGUAGGUUAGUUACUAGGGGUGUAACGAUUCGUUUGUUCCGAUAUGGUAAGGCGUGGCUGAAAAUGUGCCUUGCAUUAACAUGUUUGCAUUUUCAGUUCAUUUAACAUUAUAAAAUUAUUUAAAUAUUUGGAACAAAAGCCGUGAUGUAUAAUGUUCUAGAAGCAAGAUAACAUGCUAGUCAUGAUGCAGUACAAUUUAAUACAAUACAUUAUGCUGCAGUACAGUUUGAUACGAUGUAUUGUUACAUCCCUAGUGAUUACCUUCAUUUAAUAAGCAAGUUUGAUUUAGGCUACAUCUGUUAAUAACAUUGCAUUGUUAUUCAAAUGAUGUGAUCAAUACAAUAUGAGGUAAAGCUCUAUAACUCUCACCCUGUUCUCUACAACUGGCAUCAUUUAUGGUAGAGCUGUAGGGGAAAAAAGCAAAUCUGUCUUUUUCCUUAUGACUGAAAACAUCGUCAGAAUAAUCAUGAUUGCUCUUUAUCAAGGCACAAAGUCUGAAUGGUUUCUUAAAGCACAGUACAAAUGUCAAACCUCCAAUAUGUCCUGUUGUGCAACUUGGAAUCUUUUUUUUAAUUACAAAUGUAUUUUUCUUAUGUCAACAAAAUGGACUUGGACUCAAAAACUUGGAUUGGCUUGGAUUUGUGCUUGACGUGACUGGAUGCUUCUGGCGAGGCAUUGUGUCACUACUCAGAGGACAAAUGUUGAUUACAUUGACCGUUUGGAUGUGAAUAGGCUGGUUUAGUGUGGUAUGCUGUUGGCUGGCUGGCUUCAUUGUAUCGCUCAGAUGUGAUGUUGAUGCACUGCUGAAGUGAAUGGCUUGAUGGGUUUAGCAGGUUUGUGGCUCAGAGCUUUCUAACUGCCCAUUUCAGUUUAACAGUCUAACAAACGUAUGUGUCAGUGCUCAAAAUAAACAUUUCUUUUUUUGGUUUGCUGGUCAUUUGAA